ACUCACACACCUCCCCCAGCUCACCUCCUCCCCACCCCAGCAUGGCCGCGUCCACCAUGUCCAUCUGCUCCAGCGCCUGCUCCGACUCCUGGCAGGUGGACAACUGCCCAGAGAGCUGCUGUGAGCCCCCCUGCUGCGCCCCCAGCUGCUGCGCCCCGGCCCCCUGCCUGACCCUGCUCUGCACUCCAGUGAGCUGUGUGUCCAGCCCCUGCUGCCAGGUGGCCUGUGAGCCCAGCGCCUGCCAAUCAGGCUGCACCAGCUCCUGCACGCCCUCAUGCUGCCAGCAGUCUAGCUGCCAGCCAACUUGCUGCACCUCCUCCUCCUGCCAGCAGGCCUGCUGUGUGCCUGUCUGCUCCAAGUCCGUCUGCUAUGUGCCUGUGUGCUCUGGGGCUUCCACUUCAUGCUGCCAGCAGUCUAGCUGCCAGCCGGCUUGCUGCACCACCUCCUGCUGCAGACCCUCCUCCUCUGUGUCCCUCCUCUGCAGCCCCGUGUGCAGGUCCACCUGCUACGUGCCCGUCCCCUCCUGCUGUGCCUCUGCCUCCUCCUGCCAGCCCAGCUGCUGCCGCCCAGUGUCCUGCGUGUCCCUCCUCUGCCGCCCCGUGUGCUCCCGCCCCGCCUGCUACAGCCUCUGCUCUGGCCAGAAGUCCAGCUGCUGA